UUUUAAACCGUGUACUGCUUGGUAAUAAUGCACGUAGGCAUAUGAAACAAUGGUUAGUAAAGGCUACCUACUACUAGCUACUACCAGCAUAUCAACCACAAGUACGACGACAACGAGAAGGAGAAGAAGGAAUAAAAGAAGAAGGAAUUGUAUAAAAUGGCGUCCGAAAACAGCCCUGAAUCCCAAGAUGAGAAAGCAGCUCUUAUGGAGGCGGGCUCAGAACAAGAUGUGCAUCAGCAGUGUGGCACGGUUGCAAAACAAAGCGAAUUAAGGCUGUAUCACUGGACGCAGUCUUUCAAUUCUCAGAAGGUGCGUCUGGCCAUAGCAGAGAAAGGUUUGCGCUGUGAGGAGUAUGAUGUGAGCCUACCGCUCAGUGAACACAACGAGCCCUGGUUCAUGCAUCUAAAUCCCGCUGGUGAGGUGCCGGUCCUCGUCCACAAUGACAACGUCAUCUGUGAUCCAACACAGAUCAUGGACUACCUGGAGCAGAAUUUCAAUGCUUUGUUCUAAUGGUCUCAUCUACCUACCUUCAAAGGAGAGAAAAUCUGAGGGCACUCCCAAGCUGAUCCCUGAAGAGGGCAGUACAUACUAUCACAGAGUGCAGCACUACAGGGAGCUGCUGGACUCACUACAGAUGGAUGCCUACACCCAUGGCUGCAUCCUCCACCCUGAGAUCACGGUGGACUCCCACAUACCUGCAUAUGCUGCCACAUGUAUACGAACACAGAUUGGAAACACACAAACGGAGCUGAAGAAACUGGCAGAGCAGAACCCCGAGCUUAAAGAUGCUUAUGUAGCAAAACAAAGGCGCUUGAAAUCCAAGUUGUAUGACCAUGAUAACAUGAAGUACCUGAAGAAGCUUCUGGAUGAAUUGGAGAGUGUGAUGGACCAGGUCGAGACAGAGCUACAGAGGAGGGUGGAAGAGACACCAGAAGAAGGCAGUCAGUCCUGGCUGUGUGGUGAGUUCUUCAGCAUGGCUGACGUCUCUCUGGCAGUCACCUUACACCGCCUCAAGUUCCUCGGCCUCUCCCGCCGCUACUGGGGCAAUGGUAAUCGUGUGAACCUGGAAACAUACUACGAGCGUGUGGUGGAGCGUCCAGCCUUUAGGAGAGUGCUGGGCCAUGUCAACAACAUCCUGAUCUCUGCUGUUCUUCCUGUGGCAUUUCGCGUGGCCAGGAAGAACGCACCAGUUAUUCUUGGCACCACUCUGUUGAUAGGUGUGCUAGGAGGAGCUACAUACCUGGCUUUUCUUUACAUGAAGAAGAGGCUGACUGUCUUCAGCUGAGGGAGCUAACAAGUGUUUGAGUUGUUACCUCAAUCAUUAUUUAAAUUGUGUAAAGUUAAAGUAAAUUAAGGAAUU